AUGUCUCAAUCAAACCACAGCGCAUCGAACAAAACCACCAUUACAGUUGAAGAUAAGCACAUCGGUACAUGUAUUAAGGGGAUCAAGAAGCUCGAAAGUUUACCUUGGAGAAGAAGGAGAAAGUUGACGGUCAUGUUAGAGGAGUUUCCAAAUCAAAUGGGUGCUCUUAUCAAACCCGAAGUUAGAUCAACACAAAGUACAAAUAUGCAUGCCAAAGAGGAGGCCCCAGACGCUGCAAAUAGCAGUGUUGUGGCGAGCGGCAGGCUUAAUGGGAAGCGGGGCCUGGAAGAAUACGAGGAGGACCAGCCAAGCACUGCGGAGGUAUCCUCUGAGGCUUCGGCCCAGAAUGUGAACAAACGCAGGCGCGGGCUGCCGCAGUACAACUUCCUGCGAUUCUGCUACCGUCACAACCCGGAUAUUCAACAGUCCCCCACACACACAGCGUGUCGCAAGCAAGACCAGCAGCGACACUCCCUGCUUCAACGCAAGAUCGAGAAGCUAGAACCCGAAGAACAGCGACAAGUUCAAAACGUGCUGAGCACAUUCACAAGUUGUAACGACAAGAUGCGCAAACUGCUCCUCGAGGGGAUGCUGACAAACUGCUGUUUUCCUCAGCUGUCAUUCGUGGCUUCCGAGGUCCAGAAUAUGAUAAAAAUCGAUUUUAUUAGCACACUGCCCGAGGAGGUUUCACUCAAGAUCCUGGGGUAUUUAGACUGCGAGAGUCUUUGCAAUGCAGCAAGAGUGUGCCGGCGGUGGAAACAGCUGGCAGACGACGACAAAGUAUGGUACCACAUGUGCCAGCAGCAUAUCGACCGCAAGUGCCCUAACUGUGGAUGGGGCUUGCCUCUUUUGCAUAUGAAGCGCGCGCGCUUCAUCGACUCCACAGAGCAGAAGUCAGAUCCGAAAGACGCCUGCGCGACGGCGGCGGCCUCAGGGGGGCAUAGGAAAACCCGGCCCUGGAAAGUCAUCUACCGCGAAAGGUUUAAGGUCGAGUCUAACUGGCGAAAGGGCGCUGCCCAUAUUCAGGACUUCAAGGGACACAUGGACGGCGUUCUGACGUUACAAUUCAACUACCGCCUGCUGUUCACUGGCUCCUACGAUUCAACAGUUGCCAUCUGGGACCUGGCUACAGGGAAGCUGGUAAGACGGCUUACAGGCCACCGCGACGGCGUGAAAACACUGUAUUUCGACGACCAGAAACUGAUUACCGGGUCCUUGGACCGCACUAUCCGUGUGUGGAAUUACGUCACGGGCGCGUGCGUCUCCACCUACCGCGGGCACUCUGAUAGCGUUUUGAGCGUGGACUCCUACAAGAAGAUCAUUGUGUCGGGUUCCGCCGACAAAACGGUUAAGAUGUGGCACGUGGAGUCCCGAACUUGCUACACGCUGCGCGGCCACUCCGAGUGGGUGGGCUGCGUGAAGCUGCACCCCAAGAGUUUCACGUGCUUCAGCGGCAGCGACGACACCACCAUCCGUAUGUGGGACAUUCGCUCCAACACAUGCCUGAAGGUGUUCCGCGGGCACGUCGGGCAGGUCCAGAAAGUCCUUCCUCUCAAUAUUUUGGACACCGAGAACCUGGUUACAGACCCUGCAAGUGAGGCGCAGCGGAACGACGAACCGGCAGCCAACGACCCUUCCGAGGGCCAGCUGGCGCCUCUCGACGACUCACUGCCGUAUCCAUCCCACCUGCUGUCCUGUUCACUUGACAACACCAUAAAAUUGUGGGACGUGCGCACUGGAAAAUGUGUCAGAACGCACUUCGGCCAUCUUGAAGGGAUCUGGGACAUCGCUGCCGACAACUUCAGAAUAAUCAGUGGUGCACACGACAAGACUGUCAAGGUUUGGGAUCUACAAAGCGGCAAGUGCAUACACACGUUCGACAGCCAUCACGCUCCAAUCACAUGCGUUGGCAUCGGAGACUCAGAGUUUGUGAGCGGCGACGAGCUGGGAUGCGUCAAGCUCCACCGGUUCGACUAG